AUGCCGUUGAUACACAACCUGUCGGGUGUGGUGAUAAAAUGCUUCAAGAAGGUCGAAUACGCUGCGGAUUGGAUGACAGGAGCAGCUGGACCAGUGUUCGUGUUCAUGUGUUGGACGUUGAUCAUAACGGGAGGAUUCAUAUACUUCGACGUGGUGGUUCGAUCCCUCUCUCCUCUCUCGCUACUCUUUCUCCUCCCUCUCCUUAUCCUAGUUCCUCUCAACCUCUAUGGCCAGUACUACCUGGUCACUCACGUCCCACCGGGAUUUCCUGCUCCCAAACCCUCCGGAGAAGAUAAGAACAGUACUAGCUGGCUGAUACCGAACCCUAAAAGCAUCUGGUCAGGUGAGAGAUGGGGAUUCAGGAAGAGGGGCAGGACGUUGACUGGGAUGGGUGGUGGUGCUGGAGGGGAGAGCUCAAGGAGGGUAAGAAGAUGUAGGAAAUGUGAUGGACCGAAGCCAGAGCGAACCCAUCACUGCUCAGUAUGUAAGAGAUGUGUACUUCAAAUGGACCACCACUGUCCUUGGAUAAAUGCAUGUGUUGGACUGCAUAAUCAACGACACUUCUUUCUCUUCAUGGCUUGGCUAUCGACGGGGUGUGCUACAGUCUGUAUAACGGGAUAUCGCUUGUUCCUUGCUACUUUUGAUUACUACGCCGAGUGGACACCCGUCACACCCAAGUUAGGUUUCACUUUGAUAUACGUACUAUGUUUGGCAAUAGGCUUCGCUGUCUCCGUCUUGAUGUUCUGGCAUUUAUACAUGGUGUCCAAUGGUGAGACUUCGAUAGAAAGUCACGACAAUUCCUAUCUGGCUGGGAAAGCUAAGAAGGAGGGUUUGAUAUAUCUCAAUCCGUACGAUCUGGGACGACGCCGGAAUAUACAGUUGUUUUUCAAUAUAGGUCCUAAUGGAUACUCACCCUACACCCUCCUCUUCCCCCUCGCUCUUCCACCAGCCUCCAACGGCUGGUCCUACCCCCGUCGUCCAAUCCCAUCUCAUCCUCCAACUAAACCUUCCAACCUUCACGCGCCAGAACUAGCAGAUGGCUUGAUAGCUCGGGCGAAUGGCCUGGGUUUGGGUUUAGAAGGCGAAGAAGCGAGUCCUUUGAGUAGCGGUGGACACGCAGAAGAUGGGAUGGGAGGGUAUGUGAUGGGUGACGAAGAGGGUUUGACGGAUGAUGAGGAAGGUGGGGGAGGGUGGAUGGAUUUGGGUGAUUCACAAUAUAGGUUAGGGGAAGAUGAUCGUUAG